CUGGGUUGAGUCCAAUGUGACACGUUACUGCAGACGAUCACAUUGACAUCAACUUCACUAUUUUAGAUUAUUUAAAAAUGAAGGACGCACACAAACAUGAAAUAAAGUGUGUCUGUUGCGUAUGUUAAUUUACACACAUGAGAUCAGAAAUAGCAGAUGCUAUUUGUUCUGAUUGCAAGAAAGGGGCCAUAAUUUCCGUACGACAAGGCAAUGGACGACUCCAAUGUAGAUCGUAUUUCACCGUGGGCAUCGAACAACUAUGCUGGAGCGAGCGGUGAAGAUGAACCAAGUAGCUCCGUUCAGUCCUCUGGGACAGAACAAGAUAAUGAUACCCCAGAUUUCUCUGAAAUGUCACCAGCUACGUUUGUGCAGGUGGCCUAUAGGACAGAUCGGAGAUCAUAUCAGCCAUGUCGGUACCCAGCAGACAGUUACACAGUCCAGCCGGGCCAGGUUGGUUCCAGUCACCUGUAUCAGGUGGCAGAGUCCUCCUUCGAUCAGGACCAGGAACCGUUCUCGGACCUGAACACGGGAAACGAGGCCCAGAUCCUUCAGGGCAGCUUCAGUAGAAGUCACACAGAGACCAGCAGCUCUGCUGGACAGAUAGAGCCUCGCUACCAUGUCUCCCGCCUGCUUCACAACACGGACCACCAGAUGCCGACACGGCUGAUGACGGUUGACGUGGACAGCACGGUGGGACAUUCCGUCGGUAAUGGCACCAUGCAACGUCAGCCUCUGGUCCCUAGACCCAUCAGGCCACAUAUGUCGAGUGUGUCUGGGCUGUCAUACACCCAGGGUGAGGUGUCGGCCUCAGAUGACCCUCCCAGUACCAGUCAUUACCUGAACAAUCGGGGUCAAGGUCACAGGAACAAUCUACAGGUCUACCAGAGAGGUUCCCAGAAUGAGGACUGUAUGGAGGCUGCAGUGAGUUCUCUGUCAGGGUCCGUGUCGAACGAGGCAGAGGUCCACCAUCAGGGCAUGGGGCAUCAACAGAAGCCCGCCCUGUUGGAGAUUGAGAGGGGUGAACCCGACACCACGCAGGAGGAUGACGCCUAUGACAUGGACAACCAAUACGGCAGUGAUAUGGACUCUGAUAGAGAGCCUGUACAACUCAGCGGUCACUACUCUAUCGUUACCUGCCAACCACAGUCUUACACUACACUGGGGUUACCGGCCAGCCAGUCCAGCCAAGUUACGCCAUCCAGUCUGCCUGUGUCCUUCCCUGCUUCCACUAUCUCUUUGAGCUUUGUUUCCAACUCUACGGGCCCUGUUUACAGCCACAACCACCACCUUUCAUCCGUUAGCCAGCAACAUCAGCAGCUCUUAGCACAUGAUAUUCACAUUCAAAACUUGCCAGCCAAUCAGAUGCCAGUUUCUCUUUCAUCAGCCAAUCAGAUGGUCGCUUCACUGUCAUCAACCAAUCAGAUAUCAGCCUCAUUUUCAUCAGCCAAUCAGGUGCAAGCUGCCAGUUCUUCACUGUCUUCAACCAAUCGGAUGCCAUAUUCAAGUUACCAAGUUGUUCAGUCCAUGAAUUCAGCAGUCAGUCAGUCUGUUUUUGACAUUGAACCAAGCACGGUGGAUUCUCAUAUGCAUGCCGUUGCUGGACCUAGCCACAUAAAUGGUUACACAGCACAAGAACUGAGUAGAAUCAGUCCUGAUCAGGCUACACCCAGCUCUUCAAAAACAAGGCGUGUGGGCAGAAGGAAGUCAAGCCGUAUAGCCGAGAUUGAUGAUGAUCCAGCAACAUACAGGAAGCCCCACUACCAGCCCACGCAGUAUGACCCAAAUGAGAUUUGGUGUGACGAGUGCAUGCGUACCUAUGAGGAAGAGUGCCCCACCCACAAGCUGGUCCCCCUCAGUGACAAGAUCGUGUUUUCCCGGGCCUGGGCCAGUCUGCCAAGCCCCCUGAGCAUCUUCAGGAUUGACAAGAAGGGGGGCAAUGAAACAAUGCUGGGAGUGUUUGCCAAGCGACCAAUCGCCAAGCAGAUGCAGUUCGGUCCGUUCGUAGGCGACCCCGUGUCAAGUAAGGAGGAAGUGGCCAAUCAGGAGUUUGUGUUGAUGGUGGAGCAGGCAACUGGAGAGGCCAUAUUCUUUGACACGAGUGACGAGAAUUGUUGCAACUGGAUGAUCUUUGUGCGCCCAGCGGCCGACUUCUCGGAGCAGAACCUGGUGGCCUACCAGCAUGGCGCUGACAUCUUCUUUACUACAACCAAGGCUAUUGAGCCUCGAGAGGAACUGAAGGUGUGGUACGCAGCCCACUACGCCACUCGAUGGAAUCUCCCAUAUCACAUGCCCACAGAGAAAGACAUACAAGAUAUAAUUGAGAGAGAGUGCAAACACCAGUGUUACGAGUGCCCCAAAAGAUACAGGACUCUGCAAGCCCUGCAGAAGCACAUGAUCGUUCACGAGGCAGGUGCCCGGAGCCCUGACAGCCUCUACGAGCCUUCGUCCAGCAACCAGCUCCACCUAGACGGAACCCCUGGGCGGCGCAAGAGCUGCAUACCCACACACAUAAAGCAGAAAAUCAUCCAGGCCAAGAAAGCCAAGGAGAUUACAACAGCUGAUGCUGCCAACGUGGGGACUGCAGCCUCCAGUUCAGGGGUCUACCAUUGGAAGAAAACAUCAGCUAACAUCUACCUUAACAAAACCCUUAAAAAGUACCAGAAGCGACAUGGAGCAGAGAUCAUGAGACGCAACAUCCAGUCUCAGCAUCAGCAGCAGCAGCAACAUCAACUGCAGCAGUUUGAAUCUCAGAAUCCUGAAGAUGAAAACUGCCAAGAGAGCAAAGAAGAUAACGCCGAUGAUUCUGAUGGUAUGCAGCAAUCCAUAGGGGGUAUCUCGUGUUUUUACUGCAACAUGGUCUUUGACAACAGCUCUCUGUUCAGCCUACACUUGCUCUCCCAUAACCCUCCAGACCAGGCUACUAUGACCUCUGGUUUCUCCACAAGCCAAAUGGAGCAGCUUGGAUCCCUGCUUGGUCUUGGACCCACAAUCACCUCUGAGGGGGCAAGCGUGACCAACGAGGCCUCGCACCUGUACCUUUGCCCGGCCUGCCCCAAACAGUUCUUUCAGAAGACCGAGCUCAUAUCACACGUGAAACAGCAUGCGAAAAGGCGACCAGCGAGUAUGAAAUCUGACCCAGAUCCAAAACGACCUUACCAGUGCGAGGUUUGCAAUAAAUCAUUCUCGACAGAGGAUAGACUUGAGAUGCACGCCGAGAUUCAUCAGAUAGACCAGGCCAAGCCUCUGCAGUGCAUGCACUGUUACAAGAGGUUUGUCAACAAUUCGGCCCUGUCCUGCCAUCUGAAGACACACAGCUCGCUGAAAUACUACCAGUGCCCCAUCUGCAACCUGGGAUUUGACCACACGACCGCCAUGCGGGAGCAUAGCUACUUGCACGCAAACCCCAACGGUUCCUUCAACUGCCCCGAGUGCAACAAGGUGUUUCAGGAGUUCCUGGUGCUCAAGAGACACAUGCGAGGUUUCCAUAGUAACCGGGAGUUUCGCUGCGGCGAAUGCGACCGGGCUUUCCCGCGACUAGAUAAGCUGAAACUUCACUCGCUGACCCAUACCUCCGAGAAGGAAUUCAUGUGUGAAUCAUGUGGAAAACAGUUCAAGCGCCGUGACAAGCUAAAAGACCACAUGCAUCGAAUGCACUCGGAUGAACGAGUUGAGAAAGACCGCAUGAAAGCAAUGAAGCCCAUAACAAGGAAAUUCAUCCCCAAAGUGGCCCCUACAGAGUUCCACAGGUUCAUCUACAAGUGCCAUGUAUGCAUGCUGGGCUUCAAACGUCGGGGCAUGCUGGUGAACCACAUUGCAAAACGUCAUCCGGAGAUCAAGUUUGACACUGUCCCCGAGCUGAAUCUUCCGAUACUGAAGACGCAGCGCGACUACUACUGCCAGUACUGCGACAAGGUCUACAAGUCCAGCUCCAAGCGCAAGGCCCACAUCCUCAAGAACCACCCCGGCUCAGAGCUUCCCCAGAGCGGCCGGAAGAAAUCCGGGCUUACUGAGAUACCCGGAAUCCCGAACCCGACGUACUCGCAGACCGUGGGUAGUAUCACCACCAUGCCUCACCAGUGCAAGUUCUGCCACAAGCAAUAUGCCAGCAAGGCCAAGCUUCUGCAGCAUAUGCGCAAGAAGCACCCAGGCACUUGCCCCGACGCCCAACGUAACCCCAUCAUGCUGACAAAGAUGGAGGACGGGUCCAUGGAGCAUGAUCACGAACUCAUGGUGGAGCACUACAACGGGGGAACUGAGCAACCCCAGGAGAGUGCACAGGCUACUGACCUACUUACACAGGCUAUGAGCGAACUGACCCAGUCUGUGGAGUUCAGACAGAUCACCGGGGGCAACCCAGGGGACGGUACCACGUACCUGGCCACCAGGCUGGCAGAGGGCACACCUACCAUGGUGCAGAUUCAGACCUCCGGGGCGGGGUCCAUAACGACUGAUCUGGCCCACUUGAGUCAGGCCUUAAAUCAGUUUGCUCCCAACCAGGCCCAUCUGCCCAUUCAGGUGCAAGUGUCCUCCAGUGGUGGCGGGGCACAGAUCCAGAUCCCUAUCCUCACGAGUCAGACGGGGCUGCCAGGAACCACACAGAUUGUUACCAUGGAGACCGCGGACGCCGACGGGAACCCACAGCAGAAUCAGGUGUGCUUCCCGUCACUAAAUUUUGUGUCUGGAACAUACCUUCCAAAAAACUGGGUACACUACAAGACCAUUGGGAAAAAUUGAGUAACUUUCGUAUAAGCAGGACUAACUCUGCCAUUUGUUAAAUAAGCCAAUGGCUACACAUUGACACAUUUUGCUGAAGAAAUAUCAGGUUGUCUACACAAUUUUCUUCAUAAAAACCCAUGGAAUAGCCAAAAUGACAAGAUUAUUGCCCUAGCAAAUCAAUUUUGGGUAAAGGAAAUGUUGGGUCAGGGAAAGCCCUGGAAUGUCUGUAUUAAUUGUUUACAAAUCUAUUUUUAGGUAUUGUGAUGUACAUUUUUAGAAUGACUUGAUAUCUGGUCUUCAAAUUAAGUUGUUCAAUUUUAUGUCACUGUGCUAACUUCUUGUUCCAUUAUAAUAAUUUAUAUCAUGUUUAUGUUUGUAUCACUGAAUUGUUUCAAACUCUCUGUGGUGUUAAGAAGUGAAUUGUUGUACAUUUCUUGACGGAAUGUUUAAGGUUGUUUCCAUCAAUUGGUUAUACCAUGUUAUGCAAACGUAAUUAUUUAAUAUGAUCUGUUAGAAAUGUGUUUUGUCCAUUUGAUGGGACUGUGUCCCUGUUCCUUUUACUGAUUUUAGUUGUAUUUUUGUAUACCCCCAGUAGGGUGGCAUAUAGUCAGUAUGUCAGUCCGUCCGAAAACUUUAAAGUAACAAUCACGCUAAAAAAUAUCGAAUAUUUCGUUAAAUAAAGCUAACCCAUAAAAAAAACAAUGUUCCUUUUAGCAAAAUGCAAAAUUUCAACGUUAGAUGUUGUCUGGUUGAAUUGAUUUAACGAGAUACAAAAUGCUUGUUUUUAUUUUUUUGUAGCCACAAAUAAUUCCAUUUAUAUCUCUCGUGAAAUAUCCGAACAUUUACGGGCGAACACGAGAUUGGAUACAGUAAGCGUCGGAAGCAUGAAUAAUCAUUCUGUGAAAUCAAAAUGAAUUCUGGGUAAAUGGAACUUAGCGAAUGCGAAAAUGGCUUGUAUAAAUUAUGCAAAUGAACGCAACCCGAAUGAAUCCGAUCCUGACUCAAAAGCGAAAGUAGAUUACAUCGUGGAACGAUAUUUAGAUAUUUAGAUGCUUAAAACUUGCGGAAUGCUUGUAAUAUAACGUUUUUACAUCAAUGUUACUUUUUUUUAGGGUCUUCCUAUUGUAAUUAACCAUCGUAUGGUACUACUUGUUGUCGAAUGUUUUUAUAUAGCAUAAUACAGUAGCCGUAUGUAUUGGUUAGCGUGAUAGUGACUUUAAUGGUCAUAACUUUUUCAAUUCUAGUAUUUCACAUAGCAACUUGAUAUUUGGCAUGCAUGUGCAUCUCAUGGAGCUGCACAUUUUGAGUGGUGAAAGGUGAAAGUCAAGGUCAUCCUUCAAGGUCAAAUAUCUAAUAUAUGGCGUCUGUCCGUCCGUCCGAAAACUUUAACAUUGGCCAUAACUUUUUCAAUAUUGAAGAUAGCAACUUGAUAUUUGGCAUGCAUGUGUAUCUCCUGGAGCUGAACAUUUUGAGUGGUGAAAGGUGAAGGUCAAGGUCAUCCUUCGAGGUAAAAUGUCAAAUAUUUCGUCCGUCCGAAAACUUAAACAUUGGCCAUAACUUUUUCACUAUUGAAGAUAGCAACAUGAUAUUUGGCAUGCAUGUGUAUCUCGUGGAGCUGCACAUUUUGAGUAGUGAAAGGUCAAGGUCAAAAUAAAAAUCAUUUCUCCAUUCAAUCUCUUACUUACUUCUCGUGGAGCUGCACAUUAUGAGUGGUGAAAGGUCAUCCUUCAAGGUCAAAAGUCAAAGCUUCAAAGCGGCGCAAUAGGGAGCAUUGUGUUUCUGACAAACACAUCUCUUGCUUUAGUUGAAACAAUUUGUUUUCAUUUGUCGAUGUCAAACAUGGUAUAAAUGGAUAGUACGCAAGUAAAUUUUUGAUGUAUCACAUAGUAAUGGAUAGUCUGCAAGUAAAUUUUUGAUGUUACACAUAGUAAUGGACAGUAAGCAGUUUGUUAAUUUAACAACACUAAGUCGGUGUCUUGUACAACCCUAGUAAGCUUUAUGUCCUCCACCAAAGGCUGAGGGAUGUAGUUUUGGUGUUGUCCGUCAAUCCAUCCGUCAAAUCGUCAGUCACAAACAAUUUAGGGUAAUAUCUCAGAGACUAUAUAAGAUUUCGACAUGAAAUGCCUUAAUUUUGUUGAUAUUAUUUGCAUCAUGGAAUAUCAGCACCUUGUGUUUUUAUAGCUUUUGACCUACUUUUGGCAUGGGUCACAUUCAUUCACCUUUUCACAUAUCACAUGUUGUGAAUUAAAAGUUGUCUGUAAUAUAACAAUGUAGGCAUUUAUAUUCGAUUCAUUUAGACUACCUUAACAUUUAAGUACAAUUAUAUCAAGUCCAUCUUAUAAGUUAAUAUAUUGCAUAUCAAAUAUUAAGUACCUAUGAAUUAUUAAAAAAUACAUGGAAUUCAAUUUUGCCUUGUUUUGUGUUUUUGUUCUAUCCACCUAAUUAGAUGUUACCAUUUUCAUAUAUUUUAAAAUGUCUUCAAAUAUACUGACUUUAUAAAGUGAUUGUGAUUGCUUAUUAUUCAAGUUUUUAAUACAAAACACUACUAGCACUUAAAAUAUUCUCCAAUCUAUUGACAUAAUUAAUGGUUAUUGAUAGUUUACACUUAACUUUAAUAAAACAUUUUACUACUAGUAGACCUACAUUUAUUAGAUCCCUUUACAGUUGCAAAUAUGCAUCCCUUUGAAGUGAUGAUGCAUUCCUAAGGAUUUUCUUCCUCCUUUGUUUUGGUAGAUUAGAUUAUAAGUUAAGAUGCAUGAAAUGUUUUAACAGAACAUAUUUUUUGGUUUUGUUGUUGCUAAGUUCUUGAUUGUAUUGCUAUGUUCUUGAUAGUUAUGUUUAUUAUUCAUAUAUUAAAUAACAUGAAUCAAUA